AUGGGCGACGUAUCGCCUCCCGACGAACAACCCCCCUCAUUCCCUGGUCAAGAUGAGGAGGAGGACAAGGAGAAGGGCGCGGAAGUAGGCCACGAGAAGCCCAAGGAGCCCGAGAAGGCGGAGAAGGAGGGGCCCCCGCUUCCCCCGCUCACCGCGGCCGAGUUCCGACAGUACAACUACCUAGCCGAGCACAUGGAGCAAUUCCACAACUCGUUCCGGCUGCAAUGGCGGCUCCUCGAGGGGGCAUGCACGGCGCAGCAGCUCCCUCCGCGGACGACGGUGCGGCAACUGCUGACGCAGGGGCUGCGGUUCGCGUCGCAGCUGGAGAUGCACCACGCGAUCGAGGAGGCGCACGUGUUUCCGUCGCUGGCGAAGCGGAUGCCGUGUUUCGGCAAGGGCGCCGAGCACGGCGCCAUGAUCGCCCAGCACAAGCUGAUCCAUACCGGCCUCGACGAAAUGCGCAAGUACCUCGAGGAGUGCAGAGAUGGCAGGUGUCGCCUCGAGUGGCUGGUGCUCGACACGAAGAUGCGCGCGUUCGGCGACGUCCUCUGGAAACACCUCGAGGAGGAGGUCACUAUGCUCAAGGCGGAAAAUAUGCGCAAGUUCUGGACGACGGAGGAGAUGAAGGGUUUGGCUUUCUAG